UUCUGAUUGAAGUUGAAACCCAAUUGUUGAGUCUUCAUUCCUUCAGUUGGAGACGGAGUUCAUCGGAGAAAACCACAAAUCUUUGUGGAAUCACUCUCUUCUUUCCCUCCGCUGCAGCUGCAUUCGAUGGCUCCGAAACCUGUUACGAUUCCCGUCCCCGAAGUGUGGUGCUCAACCCUUGCGGUCUCAAUUGUCGCCGUUCGCCUCAUUGUUGCUGCUCCGUUUUUCAUCUAUAAAGCUACAUCUUCUAGGAAUAACCGUAGUCUGGCCGAGGAACUUGCUAGAGGAGCACUUGCCUCUGUUUUCUUGAUUGGUUUGGAAAUGGCAGAAAGAAAGCCAGUGGCAGAGGCAGGUCCUAAAUAAAGACAGUGACAUGGACCCUCCCUUCCGUUUCUCAUGCUUCAAAUACUUAUAUAGCACCUCGUCCUUGCAGCGUAGCUUACUAUUCCAUCAAAAUUGUUGUCUUUGCCUCACUUGUUCUCUUUCUGCCUGUUUUCUUCCUCAAAAGAGAGAUAGAGAGAAGAGAAGAAGAAAAAGAAGAAUAAGAAAUCCAUCCUCUUUCCACUGCUUUCACUGACUGAAAAUGAAAAUAUAUGUUAUCUAUGCACGAGAGUGAGAUACGGUACAAAUUGCAUUGAGGAGCAGAGGAGCUGGGUUGCAAAAUUUUCAGAAUGUCAAAGUGUGUGCUGUUGUUUUUGGGUUUGCUUUCAUGGGUUUGUUAUGCGAUGGCCACUGUGACUUAUGACCAGAAAGCCAUCAUCAUUAAUGGCAAGAGAAGAAUUUUGGUUUCUGGCUCUAUUCAUUACCCAAGAAGCACACCCCAGAUGUGGCCGAGCCUUAUACAAAAUGCCAAAGAUGGAGGGUUGGAUAUUAUAGAGACAUAUGUAUUCUGGAAUGGCCAUGAACCUACUCAGGGCAAGUAUUAUUUUGAGGAUAGAUACGAUUUGGUGAGAUUUAUAAAGCUGGUUCAACAAGCAGGCUUAUAUGUUCAUCUCCGGAUUGGUCCAUAUGUCUGUGCAGAAUGGAACUAUGGUGGAUUUCCAAUUUGGCUAAAGCAUGUUCCUGGCAUCGUCUUUAGGACAGAAAAUGAACCCUUCAAGGCGGCUAUGCAAAAAUUCACUGAGAAGAUUGUUGGUAUGAUGAAGUCGGAGAAGUUAUAUGAAAGCCAAGGAGGACCCAUUAUUUUGUCUCAGAUUGAGAAUGAAUAUGGACCCGUGGAAUGGGAAAUAGGUGCCCCUGGUAAAUCUUACACCAAAUGGGCUGCUCAAAUGGCAUUAGGUCUUGACACUGGGGUCCCAUGGGUGAUGUGCAAGCAAGAGGAUGCCCCUGACCCUGUGAUUGACACCUGCAAUGGGUUUUACUGUGAAAACUUCAAACCAAACCGGGAAAAUAAACCCAAAAUAUGGACAGAAGUUUGGUCUGGUUGGUACACUGCGUUUGGUGGCGCAGUUCCUUAUAGGCCAGCUGAAGAUUUAGCCUUUUCAGUUGCAAGAUUUGUACAGAAUGGUGGUUCUUUAUUUAAUUAUUAUAUGUACCAUGGAGGAACUAACUUCGGCCGAUCCAGUGGGCUUUUCAUCGCCAAUAGCUAUGACUUUGAUGCUCCGAUCGAUGAAUAUGGCCUUAAAAGGGAACCAAAAUGGGGACACCUGAGAGAUUUGCACAAAGCUAUCAAGUUGUGCGAACCUGCUUUAGUAUCAGCAGAUCCUAACGUCACAUGGUUAGGAAAAAAUCUAGAGGCUCGUGUCUUCAAGUCAAGUUCAGGGGCAUGUGCUGCUUUCCUAGCAAAUUAUGAUAUAUCAACUUCUUCCAAAGUCAGCUUUUGGAAUACCCAAUAUGACCUACCACCUUGGUCCAUCAGUAUUCUCUCUGACUGCAAAUCUGCAAUUUUCAACACUGCAAGAAUUGGGGUUCAAAGUGCGCCGAUGAAGAUGAUGCUGGUUAGUUCAUUUUGGUGGCUUUCGUACAAAGAAGAAGUUGCGUCUGGUUAUGCUACUGACACAACAACCAAGGAUGGGUUAGUGGAGCAAGUAAAUUUCACUUGGGAUUCGACAGAUUACCUGUGGUACAUGACAGAUAUACAGAUUGAUCCGAACGAAGCCUUCAUAAAGAGCGGACAGUGGCCUCUUCUCAACAUCUCUUCAGCAGGUCAUGUCUUGCAUGUUUUUGUAAAUGGCCAACUAUCCGGAACUGUAUAUGGGUCGUUGGAGAAUCCCAAAGUAGCAUUCAGUAAAUAUGUUAACCUAAAGGCAGGAGUUAACAAGCUUUCCAUGCUGAGUGUUACUGUCGGCCUUCCGGUUAGUUUCUCUGUCUCUAAUUUGCAUAUAUUUCUUACUAUCGAUCCUGAGUUUGCUUACAUUAACAUUGCUCGAUGUCAGAAUGUUGGCCUGCAUUUUGAGUCUUGGAAUGCUGGCGUUUUAGGCCCUGUCACGUUGAAGGGUCUGAACGAGGGUAUUAGAGACAUGUCUGGAUAUAAAUGGUCUUACAAGGUUGGCUUGAAAGGAGAAAACAUGAAUCUUCAUACCAUUGGUGGAAGUAAUUCUGUUCAAUGGGCGAAAGGCUCAGGGUUGGUUCAAAAACAACCCCUCACAUGGUACAAGACCAAUUUCAAUACCCCGGCAGGCAACGAGCCGUUAGCUUUAGAUAUGAGCAGUAUGGGUAAAGGUCAAAUAUGGAUUAAUGGUCGGAGCAUCGGGCGCUAUUGGCCUGCAUAUGCUGCAAGCGGCAGCUGUGGCAAAUGCAGUUAUGCUGGAAUCUUUACCGAGAAGAAAUGUCUUUCUAAUUGUGGACAGCCCUCCCAGAAAUGGUAUCAUGUUCCCCGCGAAUGGCUCGAAUCGAAGGGCAACUUCUUGGUAGUUUUUGAAGAGUUGGGUGGCAAUCCUGGUGGGAUUUCUUUGGUUAAGAGGUCCCCAUAGGACUCAUUUCAAACGAGGAAGGCAAAAAUGAAAUAAAUGACGACACCGAGAAGCUUUUGGUUGAGCAGAGAAAAUGAAAAAUACCCUCAUAAGGGAUUGUUGUGCAAAGAAAAUUUUGAUGUAUGAUAGCUAGUGUUAUAGUAAAGAUUAUUCGGAUAUGUGAUUAUUUAAAUGUUGUGUUUGAUUUUUUCUAAAAAAAAUCUUCAUUUUGGUUGUAACAUUUUACAAAAUAUAUCCUCCAAUACAAGUGGACCUUCGUUAAUUUUCA